AUGGGAAAACUCAGUAGGCUUGAACUGUACAACUUCAAGUCCUACAAGGGGCAUCAUACCCUCCUCUUUGGUGAUGCCUACUUUACGUCCAUCAUCGGUCCCAAUGGCUCGGGCAAAUCAAACGCCAUGGACGCCAUCUCCUUCGUCCUCGGAAUCAAGUCAUCCCAUCUUCGAUCUGCGCAUUUGCGAGAACUGGUCUACCGCGGUCGGGUUCUGCGAAAGUCUGUUGCGCCUGGCGACCCUGAGCCAAACGGCGUGAAUGGUCAUGAUGAAGGAGCACAAUUGUCGCAAGCGAACAGCACACAAGAGCGCAAUGACCCCAAGUCCGCCUGGGUCAUGGCUGUUUACGAAGACGACGCUGGCAUGGAACAGAAAUACAAGCGCACAAUCACCAAUCAGGGCGUCUCGGAGUAUCGCAUCAACGAGCGCGUGGUCACGGCGCAACAGUACAACGAUGCGCUGGAAGAAGAGAACAUUCUCAUCAAGGCGCGCAACUUCCUCGUCUUUCAGGGCGAUGUCGAAGCUAUUGCCACACAGAAACCUCAGGAUUUAACACGCCUGAUAGAACAAGUCUCGGGCAGCAUCGAGUAUAAAGCGGAUUACGACCGAUUGAAAGCAGAGCUGGACGCCGCGACGGAGCAGCAGGCUUUCCAACUCAUUCGACGUCGAGGUAUCAACGCAGAGAUACGUCAAUACCAAGAACAAAAACGGGAGGCGGAUAAUUUUCUGAAGAAAGCCGCAGAGCGAGAUCAGGCCAUCGUGACUCAUGUGUUGUGGAAACUAUAUCACCUGCAACGCCAGAUUGAGGAGUCCAGCGCCGAAAUCCAGAAACACCAAGAGGAGCUGCGAGACUACCGUCGCGGUAUGGAAAAAUAUGAAAAAGGGCUUGAUCUGGCCAAAAAGGAACAUGCUCAAGCUUCACGAGACGUGAGUAAGAUAGAAAGACUGAUUAAGACUAAAGAAAGGGAGAUUGAGGACAAAACUUCGUCCCUGGUCCCGAUUGAUGAACAGAUCUCCGUCUCCAACCAACACCUCACGAAAUACGCGAACAGAGCGAACACGAUCAUCAAGGAGCGGACCACGCAAGCGGCGACGGUGGCGCAACUCGAAAAAGACCUGAACACUGUCGACAAGGCGCAGGCUCAAUGGCAAGAAGAAUGGGAGCGGAAUGCAUCUCGGUUAGGCGGUCAGUUGAGUGACGCUGACCUCCAGGAGUACACUCGACUUCGCGAGCAACUCAACAAGCGUGCAUCAGCCGACCUGAGUCGCAUUGAGAGACUCAAGAAUGACCGAGCUCCAAUCGAAGCCACCUACAGCAAUCUGAGAAACAGUGUCCAAAGUACCGAGUUCAAAUUGAGCUCCCUCGAGAAUGAACAUGACGCGCUCAUCCGACGGCGGGACACGGUCAAGGAAGCGGUGCAACAAGCACAGAUGGAAAUCGAUGCCAAGAAGAAAGAGCUAAACGCUGCUUCGUCCAAGCGACUACAAGCAGCUCGGACUCGGACUGAGCUCGAUGAAAAACUGGCCGAAGUGGCUCGAAAACUGUUGGAAGCUGACGAUGGUCGUCGGACGAGUGAGAGGGAAGGGAGAAUGCGGGAGACCAUCGCCAUGCUCAAGCGCACUUACCCUGGCGUCAAAGGCCGCGUUCAUGAGCUGUGCAAACCCAAGCAGAAGAAGUAUGCGGAAGCUGUUAGCACCGUGCUAGGUCGCCACUUCGACUCCGUGGUUGUCGACACCGAAGCAACGGCCAAACAAUGCAUCGAAUAUCUGCGAGAUCAUCGCUCGGGCCAAGCCACUUUUAUUCCACUGGACACAAUCCAGGUCAAAGCACUCAACUCAAAUCUGAAAGGCAUGCAUAAGGGGAUGCUUCCAGCUAUUGAGACGGUGGAGUAUGACCAGUCCGUUGCGCGGGCAAUUUCAUAUGCCUGUGGCAAUUCGAUUGUGUGCGAUAAUCUCGACAUUGCAAAAGACCUGUGUUACAACCGCCAUGUUGAUGCAAAGGCUGUCACGCUAGAUGGCAGUGUGAUCCACAAGGGUGGUCUAAUGACCGGCGGUCGUGGCAAAGACCAACCCUCUCGACGGUGGGACGAAAUCGAAGUUGACCGGCUCCACCGGCUCAAAGACAAGUUGAUGGAGGAGUUCGCUGCUCUGCCACAAGAAAGCUCUCGCCGGGCAGAGGAGCAGACACUCCAAAAUGAGCUGAGUGGUCUUGAAAGUAGACUCCGAUAUGCCAAGGAAGAACUCGAAGCGCUAAACAAGAACCUCAAGAGCAAGGCGGGCGAAGUCGAUCACAUCAAGCGGCAGUUGACGGAGGAACGUGCAAAGCUGCGAGAAGAAGAGGAUAAGCUGGAAAAGAUUGACGAGGACAUUUCUGAAUACCAAGAGUCCGUGAGCAAUGUCGAAAACGAAAUCUUCGGAGAGUUCUGCCAAAAGCACGGCUUCGCGGACAUUCGAGACUAUGAGGCCCAACAGGGAACUCUUCAGCAAGAAGCUGCUCAGAAGAAGCUCGAAUUCGUCACGCAGAAGGCCAGAAUCCAAGGCCAACUCAACUUCGAGAGAACACGGCUUCAGCAAACAGAUGACCGUCUCCUGGCUCUUCGAGACAGGGAGCAACGCGAUAAAGAGACGAUUGACGACCUGAAUGAACGGCGACAAGGUAUCCAGGACGACCUCGAUACGUUGAAGAAUGAACUCGACGAGCUUCGCGCCCAACUGGACGAGCAAAAGGAGCUCCUGAACGCGGCCGCCGCAAGGCUAGCCAAGCAGAAGGCAGAGUUUCAGGCGCGCGCCAAAGAGAUGGAGAGCACCUUCCGAACAAUCAAUGCCCUCGAAGCAGAAAUGCAACGCCAUUCUUCUGCGAGAUACAGCCUUCUUCGCCGCUGCAAAAUUGAAAGCAUCAAUAUUCCGCUAACUGAGCAAUCGGCCAGCCUGGACAGCGUGCCUAUCAACGACCUGCCCCUUGAAGACGCCGAAGCGAGGGAAGCUGAUGAUGAAGAGGAGCCCACCUCUUCCGCGCUCCAGAAUUUGACCAUCAAUGACUACGGUGUCGAACCCGAUUUCGAUGUGUUAGAUGAUGAGCUCAAGGAAGAAAAUAGCGAAGCUAUGGAGGCUAAAUUGCAAGAAGACAUAGCCAAACUGAACGCCGCGCUGGAGAAGAUGCAGCCCAAUGCGCACGCGGGAGAACGUCUUGCCGCCGUAGAAAGUCGUGCACGCGACACCGAGCAGGAAUACGAAGAAUCACGCACGAAAUUCCGAGACCUCAAGAUGAAGUUCGAAAACACAAUGGAAAAGCGCAAUGAACUUUUCAACAAGGCCUUUAGCCACAUCUCGGCACAAAUCGAGCCCAUUUACGCCAACCUGACUAAAUCAGACGAAUUCCCGGCCGGAGGACGCGCCUAUCUCACAGCAGAUACCGAAGAACCGUAUCUCGCGGGGGUGAACUACCAUACUAUGCCACCGACAAAGCGCUUUCGAGAUAUGGAGCAUUUAUCCGGAGGAGAAAAGACAAUGGCGGCAUUGGCGCUGCUCUUCGCGAUUCACAGUUACCAGCCGAGUCCAUUCUUCGUCCUGGAUGAGGUGGAUGCGGCCCUGGACAAUGCUAAUGUGGGCAAGUUGGUGAAUUAUGUGAAGAACCAUGCGGUGAGCCUCUCCCCCUUCUUGUUGUCGACUAUAGGGCACGGCAUGUGCGGCGAAGCGGGGCCCGGAAUGCAGUUCAUCGUGAUCAGUCUCAAGACCGGCUUCUUCCAGGGCAGCGAGGCUCUCGUGGGGGUAUACAGGGAUCAAGGAGCGAAUAGCUCCAAAGUACUGACGCUUGAUCUGAGGAAAUACGCCUAA